GCUCUAUGUUUUAACUUCAGGAAGCACUUUUUAUUCUUACGAAACAUAAACAAGUCAGUGAGCUCAGUAUAUACACACACCUGUGUUUGUGAGGUUCUUCCUGAAGAAGAGAUGAAGAUUCUGUACUUGGUUCUGAUUCUGCUCACGCUGUCUGAUGUUCUCACUCAGGACAGUAACUGGGAGUGAAAUAUCCUGAUAAUCAGAUCUGUGCUGUGAGAGGAUUCAGUGUCUCCAUUCCCUGUAGUUAUUAUUAUCCAACAUCAAAUCCCAUUCAGGUGAAACAAAAGCUUUGGUGCUCAAUGAACUCAAACACAGAUGUGUGUCAGAAUCCUCCAUAUGUUUAUAACAGUUCAUUAAACAAUAAAUCAGACUUUGAGUUCACUGGAGACGACAAAUCAGACUGUACUUUAUUAAUCCACAAUGUACAGUUUAAUUAUUCUGGAGAAUAUAAAUUCAGAUUUAUAACUGAUGUGACUGGUGGCAUGUUAACAGGAGACCCUGGAGUUACUCUACAAGUUACAGAUUUAAAGGUGUCACUAAUCAGACUCAGUGGAAACGAACCCCUUAAACCAGGAGACUCGUUAAAUCUGACGUGUGAUGUGACCUGCACACAAAGUUCCUCACAGUUUGUGUGGUCUAAGAACAACGAGCUCUUACCUGAAUCAGGAGCCGUUCUUCACUUUCCUACUCUGACCCUGAGGGAUUCUGGGAAAUACACCUGCACUUGGAAAACCAACACGACAUCAGGAUCUAAAACCAUCAGCCUUCAGGUCGAGGAUGAAAUUCUUUAUUUAUGGCCGUUUUGUAUCAUUGUUUUGGUGGCAACUGCACUGAUUUUGGUUGUUGUGAUUCACAGCAGGAGACAUAUCCACACCGAUCAGCUGAAGGACGCUUCAGACGUCUACACCACAGUACAGUACAAUACAUUCACCAGGAACUGAUCACACUUUCACACCUCACUUACUUCAUUCCAGAUUUCUGCAUGUGAAUUUUCUCUGAGAUCAGAAACACAUGAGCUCAUUAUUCCUCUAGAGCAUGAAACAAAAUAUGAUAAAAAUGUGGAAUUAGAAGAAUUCUUCAGCAUGAACAACAGUGGUUCCUCUUAAACCUUUUUUAGGAAACUCAGUCAGUUUUGCUUAAGGUUUUAUACAAUUGAAAGUAAAGUGUAUCUAUUUUUAUGUGAAUAGAAGUUUUUAUCAUCUAUUAUCCUGCAUCCUUUAGUCUAUAUUCGGAUCUUUAGGGAGGUGAAUGUAUAAAUGCUUUUGUUUAUUUGUUAAAGCUUUUUAUUUGUAGAUCUUAUAUCAAAAUUUAUCUUGCCUAAGCAUUUAAUCUAAUUAACUUAAGCAGUAGUGCCCUCUAGUGGUGAAAAACUAAAGCGUUACUGAAAUUCAGUACAGUAUUCUCAUUAUUUGGGGAAUUUACUUAAAAAAACCCAAAUAUUUUUCAAUCGUUCAUUUUUGUUUUUUUUCAUCUUUUAAAAGAGAGCUAUACAUUGAUAUACACAAAAUUGUAAAAAUUACAUUUGACAUUUUAAAAAUAAUUUUAGCACUAAAUUACUGCAUUCCGUUGCCUUGUACAUGUGUAAUGACAAUAAAGUUAAAUCUAAUCUAAUC